AUGGAGAAUCAUAAGGCCAGCAGCAAGGAAGAAGUGACACUCAAAGACAAGCAAGACCAAGAGAAGUUUAAGGAGAAAGACGAACCUCAAGCUUCAAAGAAAGGAGAGGAAGUCAUGGAGGAACAAUCACAAGAACAGAGGACAAUGGUGAAGACUUACACUCCUCCUUUGCCAUACCCUCAGAGAUUGCAGAAGGAGAUCAAAGACCAACAGUUCCCUAAGUUCUUAGAAUUGUUUAAGAAGUUGGAGAUCAAUAUUCCACUUCCUGAAGCUCUAGAACAAAUGCCUCUAUAUGCAAAAUUUCUCAAAGAGCUCAUCAACAAGAAAAAGAGCUGGAAUGAGAAAGAGACAGUGAUCUUAACCCAGGAAUGUAGUGCAACGAUCCAAGAAAGCAUCCCACCAAAACUCAAAGACCCUGGGAGCUUCUUCUUACCUUGUACCAUUGGUGACAUAAUCAUUGACAAGGCACCGUGUGAUUUAGGAUCUAGUAUUAACCUCAUGCCUCUGUCCAUGAUGAGAAGGCUAUCUAUAGAAAUAGUGAAGUCUACACAGAUGUCAUUGGAGCUAGUGGAUAGAUCUCUGGUAAUUCCCAAAAGGGUGAUUGAAAAUCUCUUGGUUAGAGCAGGAAAAUUCAUAUUUCCAGCAGACUUUGUAAUCCUGGACUUAGAAGAAGAAGAAGGGAAUGAUUCUAUUAUACUGGAAAGACCUUUCCUGGCCACAGCAAAGGCCAUCAUCGAUGUAGAACAAGGAGAAAUGACUUUGAGGGUAAAUGAUGAGAAGAUCACUCUGAAUGUCUUCUAG